AUGCCUUCAAAGUCACCCUCCACCGACCUCUCCCACCUUCCCACCACCACCACCACCACCACCACCACCAUGGAGACCCUGCUCCCCCCCUCGGCCACCGAGACCCGCCACCUCCCGCACAACCGCGCCGCCAACAAGACCGCCCCCGGCGACCCCUGGCAGUCCCGCCGGCACGAAGUCCGCGCCGUCGCCAAGAAGCUCGCCGCCGCCGACGACCCCUUCACCUGCCGCCGCAUGGGCUUCGCCUGCGCACUCACCGGCGGCCUCGACCCGGACGCCGCUUCGCCGUGUCCCGCGCUCGCCGGCCGGCACGCGAGCGCCCGCGCGCACCACUUCGAGACGCAGCUGCCCCCGCUCACAUCGCGGCCGUUGGCGGUCACGGUCACAGCCACCGCGGGCGCGCGCCGCACGUACAAGCGCGACCGGUACACGCCGACCGACCUGGACGACGACGUGGCGCUCGCCAAGAGCGCGGUGCGCAUGCCCUGCGACGACAACUCCCACAACACCAUCGCUGCCGCCGCCACUGCCGCUGCCUCGCCGCGGAGCGUGCAGACCGAGUCCGAGGACGCGGUCGCGGAGAGGGCGCAGGUGGCGGCGCUGUACGAGGCGGGCCUGCUCUACCGGGACGCCGGCGCGGGCCGCCGGCUCACGCUGGACAGCAUCUCGCAUGAGGAGCCGACGUACGCGAUCCGCACCGCCAAGCCGCGGCGGCGGAUGCACGGUCGCCCUGGCGGCCUGGAGCUCUCCUUCUCGGAUAUGGGCGACGAGGAGAGCCUGGUGCAGUACGUCAUGGCGCUGACGGCGUCCGAGGCGGACGCGGCGGAUGCCAGCUCGACGCUCAGCUCGCCGACGCUGCAGGCGAUUCAAGAGAUGGACGAUGCUUCGCUGGAGUCUUGGGUGGUACUCGACAAGGAUGGUGCUGCCCGAAUUACUCUGGAUGGUUCAUCCUCGCGCCUGUAG